GUGUAUAGGAAAAAGAUAUAGUGACAAAUGCGUAGGCUGAAUAUAAAGUUCUCCAGAAAAACAAGAAAGUUGAAAUUCCCUGAUAACAGAGGAAGUAUGAGGGCAGCAGUGUUGGGAGGAGCAGUACGUGGCUCCAAGCCAUCUCUCUCCGAGCUGCACCGGGAGACGCAUUCUUUAUUCAGGGAAGGGUAGGGUAGGAGGGACCUGAGCGACGAUGGGAGAGGGAGAGAAGAGAGCGAGAGAGAGAGAGCGCAAGACAGAGGUGAGCGGUGCACUGCACACACAUCACUAUCAACGGAAUUCAUUUUAGCAAACAUCUCUCUGGGAUUCCGAGCAUAGAAGGCAAGUUUAUCGUCCCCAAAACAACCCGGAUACCUUGGCAAGUGCGUGUUCACUGUUUCGAGAGAAGUCGGUGCUGCCUCUGGUCCAUAUUGUCCCACUCUCCCGCUCGAAUGCAUUGCCCAAGGUUUUGAGGCGGGCUGAGCUGAGUGUAGUCAUAGGUUGAGCUGCAUGCCCCGGAAUUGCAGAAAAGUGCGGACAGAGCAGAAGAUUGUUCCCCGACUCAGGCAGCAUGCUGUCCGGUAGACCCACGGGUGGCAUGGCGCUUGGAAGCGAUUCGCACAAACAAUACCGAAUGGCGCUGGAUCAUUGCGCACGGUCAUAUUCUAGGAUUGCAUGAAGGAUAAAGAAAAGAGUUGAACAUGGUAAAGGGGCAUACAAUGAAUAUGGAUAAAGCCUCGUCUAAGGUCUCUGGAUCCAAAUGUCACACCACCUGGACGCUGCCCCGGGCGGGGACCAGCAGUGUGUGACGUUGACGGGCGUGUGGCGAGGAGAGGAGAGAAGGAGGCCCCGGACACGGUAGCUCUCAGCUGCGACUUGGCAUUAAAUUGGCCCAGGCUUGGCCCUGUGCUUUGAGGAGGAGCUGAGAUUGUGGAGCCCUGCCAUGGUCUAAUAUAUCAGCAUGGAUGGAGUCAGAGUCAGCUUCAGUCAGAGGACCUGCUCUUCCUAAUGCGACACUCUUUCCUCUUAAAGCUGAGGACUAACCAAUUACAGGGGGAUUAAGCCUAACCCUAUGGCUUCCUGUUCUACCACCCCGCGAAGAAGUGAACUGAGCAUUAUCAAACUAUUUUAGAGGACUUUCAUUUUUGUCUACUAUUUUGGGGGAUUUACUUCAUCGCCUUCAAUCCUUUUCCCUUUUUAAUACAUUUGAUUGUGUGUUGCUUUUUGAGGCCGUUCCCCUCCUGUUUUUCCACUAUGGAGUUUCAGGUCAGGCUGUGGAAUAAAAAUUGGGGUUCAUUUCUGCGUUUCUGGUUGACAGUCCUCCUGAGCCUCAACUUGCACUUCAGCCGCCCCGCAGCCUCGUGCCCGGAGGAGUGCCGCUGCGACAAAACAUUUGUUUACUGCAACGAGCGGAGCCUGACAUCGGUACCUCUGGGGGUGACAGAGGGCUACAAGAUCCUCUACCUCCACAACAACCAGAUCAACAACGCUGGGUUCCCAUGGGAACUACACAAUGUGGCCUCCGUGGAGACGGUGUUUCUCUACGGCAACCAGCUGGAUGAGUUUCCUCUCAAUCUGCCCAAGAACAUCCGGGUGCUCCACCUGCAGGAGAACAACAUCCAGACCAUCUCCAGGGCUGCCUUGGCCCAGCUUCCCCGCCUAGAGGAGCUCCACCUGGAUGAUAACUCCAUCUCUACCGUGGGGGUGGAGGAGGGGGCGUUCCGGGAGGCCGUCAGCCUCAAGCUGCUCUUCCUCACCAAGAACCACCUGAGCAGUGUCCCCAUUGGUCUUCCGGAGGACCUCAAGGAGCUGCGAUUGGACGAGAACCGCAUCGCCAUCAUCGCUGAGGAAGCGUUUCAGAACGUGACGCGGCUCCAACGCCUAUUGCUGGAUGGGAACUUGUUGACGGACGAAGGCGUGGCCCCGGGGACGUUCCAGGAGCUGUCCACCCUCCGGGAGCUGGCGCUGGCUCGUAACUCUCUGACGUUCCCCCCACCCCUCCUCCCGACCCAGUCCCUGGUCAAGCUCAGCCUGCAGGAUAAUCAGAUGGACCAUAUUCCAGUGAUGGCCUUCUCCGACCUUCAGAGGCUCGAGAGACUGGAUAUAUCCAACAACCAGUUGCAGACACUGACACAGGGGGUCUUUGACGGCCUCAUCAGCCUCAGACAGCUCACCGUUCGGAACAAUCCGUGGCGCUGUGACUGCACUGUCAAAUGGGUGGUGGUGUGGCUCAAGUCACUGCCAGGCUCCAUCAACGUGCGCGGGUUCAUGUGCCAGAGCCCCGAGAGGGUGCGCGGCAUGGCAAUCAGAGAACUCACCCUGGAUGCUAUCCAGUGCUCAGGCGGGACAGACCUCCAGCCUGACCUUUGGCCCACCCUGCGCUCUACGCCCCCACACCCCCAACUCCCCACCACCGCCUCCACCACCUUCCUUACCACCGCCAUGACCACUUCCAUCCCCAUCUCCACAUCCUCCUCUUACCUCACAUCGCCCUCCCUUCCCCCUGCCCUGCCUCCCCACCCCGCUGGACCCCUGCCCCCUUACGAGGAUCCCCUACAGAUAUCCUUCCACGUGGUCAACGCCUCCUGCAUCGAUGUGAGCUGGGCUUCCUACUUCACCGUUACGGCCUACAAGGUGACCUGGGUCAAGAUGGGCAAGAGCCUAAUGAGCGACGUCAGCCGCGAGAGGACGCUGAGUGGGGACAGGCGGAAGCUAAGCUUGACCAACCUGGAGCCCAAGUCAGUGUACCGGAUCUGUGUGUAUGUACUGGACACCCUCAACUCCUACCGCCCAGGUGAGGAUACAAUAUGCUCAGAGGCCAGGACCAAGUCCGCCUCAUCCAACUCCAAUAACAACAAGGCCACAGGGUCAGAGCAAGCCCAACAGGACACCCACUCCACCCUCCUUUUGGCCGGGGUGAUCGGUGGGGCCGUCCUGGUCGUCCUGGUAAUACUGCUGAGCCUGUUUUGUUGGCACAUGCACAAGAAGAGCCGCUCGGAGUCGUCCAAGUGGAAAUACAACCGGGGCAGGAGAAAAGACGACUACUGCGAGGCAGGUACCAAAAAGGAUAACUCUAUACUGGAAAUGACUGAGACCAGCUUUCAGAUAGUCUCGCUGAACAAUGAGCAACUUUUGAAAGGGGAUUUCAGGAUUCAGCCCAUCUACACACCCAACGGAGGCAUCGGCUUCAGAGACUGCCACCUCAGUGACAAUAGCUUAGCCUACUGCAAGAGCAGCAAUGUUCCCAGCACCGAGUUCUGCCACACGUGAUGCUUCUCACAGGAUAUUCCCACACUGGUUGUCUGACAGAAAGAAACAACAAAGUAGUUAAAUAUACUGUACCAUAUAUAUUUCCAAGUUCUGUCUACGAUGUAAUUUAUACUGUGGACAAUAAUGUGGAAUUCUAUCUGCAAUCUUUUUUAUUCUUAGUAAAAUAAGGAAUACAUAUGUUUUUUUUAAUCAGCGGGAUUUAAAUACAGUAAGUGGUUUUUGCUCAAGUAUUGUCUGUACAUAGAAAUUUGUACAAUAUGGCACGCUGGGUUGGUUCUGACGAACGGUGUCCUGUCUGUCAGGUUUUUGGGUUGUUGGGCGCUAUGAGGGCUGGGAUUCUUUGCUAACCACAGAAGCAAAAAUAUGGCCUUUGUGCAGAGCCACCCCCUCACAGAAACACUAGUUAAGAUAACACAGUGGUCUGGGAAAACUAACACUGCUGAUUAGACUGCAGUGGAAAAUAAGCACUGGUGGUAUUUUUUUUAAAGAAUCAAAGUGCACUUCCUAAUGCAACAGAGAGUGUAAGCAGCCAUUCAAAUGAGCUUUUUGUGGAAAUCCCAUCAGAGGAAUGGGCACACUUUUCAACACCCCCUUUUGCCCUCACGGGACUAAGUGAACACGUUUGAAUGUGGAAGGGAUGGGAGGAAGACUACCUUAACAGGACUAAGUGAACACUUUUCAAUGUGGUAGGGAUGAGAGGGAUAAUGCCGUCGCUGUUGGAUAUAGAUUUGCCUCCAAUGAUACAGGAGUUUUUUUCUCCAGUUGUGGCCACUAGGGGGCAUGUUUUCUCAGUCAGUGUAGAGUAGAGCGAGGUAUAGGUAGUCUAAGAGAUCCCUUACCUCCAGCAUCCCAUGAGUCCAUUACCUCAGAUGCAUUACAUUACUCAUUCUCAAAUGGCAUUGUUUAGAAUAUUAAUUAAUGGUCGCGGAGCUACUUAUGGAAUCAUUUAAAAUGAACAGUGCUCAGCUCUGUUGUUCAGCGGCUAAAUGAUACAAAUAUUAUCAUGGCAGAGGUCCAUGAGGUUGCGUUGCGUGUCUUGUCUUUGCCGGGUGGUGUCUGCCGUGAUGAUGAAUGUGGAGGAGAUACGCUCACAGUUAUACAUUCCUCUGCCUUUCUUAAGUCCUUUAUUGUUAAGUACUCAAAUGAAAAUUGAGUGAAUCAGAAUAAACAAUCAAGGCGUUUAUCUGUUUAUCUGCUUUACAAUGUGUUGAUAGAAGGACUUUCCUACUGUAGCAUGUGAUGUGUUUUAUUGUCUACAUGGGAUUGACUAUUCUAUUGAUUAAUUGAUUGUUUGGUUCGAGCUACACAUUCAUCAUCAAUUCCAAACAGUGUUGGCUCCCAGUUAGGAAUGCCUGGUGCCACUGAGGAGUCUUUGUUAUGCACUUCUUACUCCGACUUUAUUUGCUUUGACAAGAUUUUAUUUUGCAGACCGAGUUCAAAGAAUCCACCCCCCCCCCUCUGCCCCGCUCAUAAUCCUCAUCCGAAAAAGGGAGAAUCACAAGCUGGGAGAGGGAGAAGAGUGCGAGAGAGAGAGAGAGAGAGAGGGGACGGUCAAAUGACAAGAGUUAACCAUUCACAGGGCACCAAGUCACUGGAUUAAAUACAGUGUAAAACCACGACAUUGCAUUGGUUUGCCUAGAAUUUGAAAGUAUCAAUAGGAUACACCAUUUUAAGGGUGGAACUCUCGUUUUGUGCUCGGCUGUUAAUGGACGUUGUCUCUCUUUGAAGAAUUGCCAUGCCAGUGCACAUCUGCCGUUGGUAAUAACUCCUUUAGUAGAUCCAGAAAUAGUAGGUAGGGAACUUAUGACGCAAUAGACACUAUAAUGCCAUUAUUCACGUUGAUGCUUAAGCUUUCAUGUGUGCUUUCAUAGGGUUUUGAGUCAAAUUUAUAUUCAUACAUCAGAAAUACAUUUGUGUCAUUUAGAAAUAACAGUUGCUCUUCUGUGGUUAUCAAAGUGUCUCCACUUUGUCUACGAACGUACACAUAUCUGUUUAUCAGCCUGUGUUAAAGCCCCACCAGCGGAAGCUGACCUGAAGUCAGUUUGAUACACAUUAGAAUUUACGUCCAAUAAACCCCACUGGCGUAAACUAACCUAAGGUCAGUUUGACACUGCUACAUGGCCAUAGUGCUUUAACAGGUUGUGUAUCCACUGAACACUUCAUCCUACCUGCCUGUGGCAAAGUCGGCCUGUCUGACAAUAAUCCCAUACAGCAAUGUAUCUUUCUUUUCAUUAGUGAUUAGGAUGUAAUGUUAGUCUUUCAGGCCAACCUGUUGCAACACUUUUCCCCAAAUUAAAGAAUGUUCCAAGAAGUGAUAGAGGUCCAUUUAUUGCCUUACUUUUAUGCAGUACUGUACCGGCUAACUGCACUUAGUUUGUUCAAGGACUUUUUCAGAGAAGAAGCAAUUUAUAAACUGUGAAAGAGACAAUGACAGUAAUUGAAUAGUUACUGUAUGGAAAGCACAUAUUUUCAUAUUGGUGAAAAAACUACAAGUGACAGACAGCAAUAGACCCAACACAUAAUUAAUGAAAGCCUGUUCAUUCGUAACGACGCCCUCGAGUGGUGCUGGGUAAUGAUACAAAGUGACUGAGAAGCCUUGUUGUUUGUUUGUGGCAGUACAUUACUCUAAAUUCCCUCCCUCAUUUGAAGAAAGUACACAAACGCAAUGGCGUGACCAAUGGAAUUAGACCGAACACAUUAGAGAAAGAGGGAGAAAGAGUGAAAAAAAAAGAGAGACUGCAACCUCUGUUACUGUUUCAGGCUUUGAUAGUAACUUCCUUUAAGCUCAUUCAUUCUCAUUGGAAUAAUUAUGUUAAAUCACUGAGAGGUCAAAUCAAAAUAAGCACCCAAGUGAAUAAAAUUGAAUACAUUUUAAGUCGUCUUUACACCUUGUAGACCAACAUUAAAAGUCUUCAGAAAACUAGAAGUCUUCAGCAAACAAUUCAUGGGUGUUUGAAGUAAUUACAUUUUCUCUUACAGCUGCUGGGUCGAAUUAAUGGAAAUACUAUGAAAAACGACAGGUUAUUUGUACAUGUAUCAUUUGACAGAAGAAAGUAUGCUGAAAAUUAACAAUGCAUGUCAUUUGGCUUGGGGUUCUCGGCUAUUAUGGCUUUUCAUUUCGACAUUGAGUUGUUUUGACUUUAACAACAUAAACUAAUAUGCUACUUAGGAACCAAAGUUACAUUUCUUUUCUCAUGAUAAAAUAUUGUUGUUGUCCCAUGUAUGUGCCUUGAGGUUAACUUACGAUGUAAAGUCCUUGAAACCUUUAAAUGUUUUUGCACAAAAUGUAAAUAUAGAAGUGAAGCUUUUUGCAAAUAAAAGAGCCAUUAUGUGA